AUGACACACACGAGAACUCACGUUAGACAGAAAACUUCUAAGGGUAAUCAGAGUCGAAAAGCCUUCAAAAAGAACUUUAUUCAUACUUUGCUCAAGGAAAUCAGUGCUGGGGAGAAAACUUCUGAGUGUAUUCAACAUGAAAAAGUCUCGAGUCAGCUUUCAAAUCUCAAAAAAACUCAGACACAAGGGAAAUCGUGUGAACACAAAGACUGUUGGAGAACUUUUGUGAAUCAGUCAUUGCUUAAGUUACAUAGGAGAUAUCACGCUGGAGAAAAGCCCUAUGUUUAUAAAGAACAUGGGAAAGCUUUCACUGAUCCCUCAUACCUUCCAGAUCAUAUAGGAAUUCACACUGGCAAAAAGCCCUAUGUAUGUAUGGAAUGUGGGAAAGCCUUUACUCGAUCCACAGGACUUAUUUUACACAUACGUAUUCACACUGGAGAAAAACCCUUUGAAUGUAAGGAGUGCGGAAAAGCUUUUAUUCAUUCCUCCUACCUUAAAAAACGAAGAAUUCACAGUGGAGAGAAGCCAUAUUUAUGUAAAGGGUGUGGGAAAACUUUUACUUGUUCCUCAGGUCUUGUCUUACAUAUGCGAACACACACUGACAAAAACCCCUAUGUGUGUAAGGAAUGUAGGAAAGCCUUCAAUAAUUCCUCAAUGCUUAAUCAACAUAUGAGGACACACACUGGAGAGAAGCCAUAUGAAUGCAAGCAGUGUGGGAAAACCUUCACUCCGUCGUCAGGCCUUACUACACAUUUAAGAACACACACUGGAGAGAAGGCCUGUGCAUGUAAAGAAUAUGGGAAAGCCUUUGCUCGGUCCACAAAUCUUGUUAUGCACAUGCGAAUGCACACGGGAGAAGAGCCGUACAAAUGUAAAGAAUGUGGGAAAGCCUUUAGACACUCCACACGCCUGAAUAUGCACAUGCGAACUCACACCGGAGAGAAACCAUAUGAAUGUAAGGAAUGUUAGAAAACCUUCACUCAGUCUUAAGCACUUGCUAAACAUCUAAGAACUAAGACAUGUGAAAAAACCUGUAAAUGUUCCUCAGACCUUAGUAUUCACAUCUAA